AUGUCCGACUAUGACCUAACUCACGUCCACGACCUUCACCACAAGUACUACUCCUCCUCCCAGCCUUCGAGUGGUGCCGAGUCCUCUUCGUCCUCGACCUUCUCCUCAUCAUCCACCCGACCGCACUCCACUCAGCUAUCAUCAACCACGACUCUCACUUCAUCCAUCCAAGGCCAUCACUUAUCUCGUCCAUCAACACAACCCAUCCCCAUCCCUCAGCAAUAUCAGACAUACGACCAGAGUCUCGAGGCCGACCAAAGACGAGAGGCCGACAUGUUCCGUGAAGUCGAGUGGAGAUCACCAAAGCUGGACCAAACAGAGAGAGAUAUGUCUUUGAAGCGCGCCUCAUCCGCCGAGCCCAGUCAAGGCACCAACACAAAGACUAAGCAACAAAAGGAGAACGGCAUCUUCAGAAAGACAUCGCAGAAGUACAGAGGCCUCCGUGCACACCUGCAUGGAAGGACUCGACGCAACUCUGGCGACCUCAUGGAGGGCGUCGAAGGUUCCAUCUCUGCAAGCAUUCCCGAACACGCCGCAUCCUCCGGCCCAUACCACAAAGGCAUCCAGCGCUGCUUCAACCCUACCAAUCGUUUAAUCCAAUCAUUGAAGGCUCCCAGACACGACACACCGCAACCCGCGAAUGGUCCCUCCCCAACGCUCCAAUCCUCCUCGACCAUGCCCGCUCUUCACUACAACCCCGACCAACACUUUAUGCAACGCUAUGUGUCCGACUCAAGUGCUGGUGAGGCUGCUCGUCGUGCUGCCUCUGCCACCAACGCUGCCAGCUACGCCCAAAACUCUCGUUCAUUCGUUCCUCACUACCAAGCCACAAGAGAUUCUCACCGUAACCGUAUUGGCAGCAUUCCAGGGGCCAGUGAUAGUGGAGCCGAUCUCGCAUCAAACGCUGAUCUGGACGUCGAGAUGUCUGACAUUGCAGAGAUCAUGGCUCCUGUCAAUAAGUGCUCAGACCCGGUCGAAGCUCUUCCCACAGAGAUCGUCGCUUUGAUCCUCUCACACCUCGAUUCUGACAGUCUCAAGUCCGCACAACGAGUUGCAAAGAGUUGGUCUCGUAUCGCCAAGGACCCUCUCAUCUGGCGCGCUCAAUACCUUCAACAAUACGAAAAGCAGACUUAUGUAUCCCCAGCUCCUAUCCAAAUCGGCGGUAUCGGCACCGGUAUCCCCAACCAGCCUAUGCAACAUUGGGAAUUGAUGCAUGAUGCCAGAAAACGUAUCGACAAGAACUGGACCCGCGGUGACCAAGGCGGCAAGGGUAUUUACUUGGCUGGCCACACCGACUCCGUCUACUGCGUUCAAUUCGACGAGCAAAAGAUCAUCACCGGAUCUCGCGACCGCACCAUCCGUGUCUGGGACAUCAACACUUACAAGUGUCUCAAGGUCAUUGGUGGUCCCAGCGUCCGUCCUUCUCCCGGUCCUAAGGUCCUGCGUACUGUGGAAUACCCCAAGUUUCACCAUGCCGAAUCAAGUGUUAAUGGCACUGCUCACGGCAACAGCAUCUACCAUGUUCCUUCCGACUUCCACAGCGCCAGUAUCCUCUGCUUGCAGUACGACCACGAAAUCCUCGUCACUGGCUCAAGCGACAACGACCUUCUGGUCUGGGAUGUCAACACAUACGAGCCAAUCCGUCGCCUGAAGCAGCACACUGGCGGUGUUCUCGAUGUCGCCUUUGACGAGAAGCACAUCGUUUCAUGCUCCAAGGACUGCACCAUUAUCGUCUGGGACCGCAAGACUCUCGAGCCCAUUCGCACUCUCACUGGUCACCGCGGCCCCGUCAACGCUGUUCAGCUCCGUGGCAACCUUCUUGUGUCUGCUUCAGGUGAUGGUGUCGCCCGCCUCUGGGACUUGAACAAGAUGCAGUGUGUUCGCGAGUUCCCCCAAAAGGAGCGCGGUCUUGCUGCUGUUGAAUUCAGCGACGAUGCAAAGUUCGUUCUUGCUGGCGGCAACGACCACGUCACAUACAAGUUCGAUGUCGCUUCUGGUCAAGAAGUCAAGCAGUUCACCGGUCACACUCAGUUGGUGCGUUCGCUGUUCCUUGACACCCAGAAUCGUCGCGUUGUCAGCGGCUCUUACGAUUUGGAUUUGCGCGUAUACGAUUACGAUACCGGUGCCCUGCUCGGUCGCUUCAACGAGUGGACCACUUCUUGGAUGUUGGCAGCCAAGUGCGAUUACCGCCGCAUUGUCUCCACUAGCCAAGACGGUCGUAUUCUGAUGAUCGACUUUGGCCGCGACGCUUCUGGCCAAGUUAUGCCUGGUGUUGAGCUCCUCAAGGGUGUCUCACCACUCUCGCUAUGA